AUGGACAGGCGCGCGCCUUCUGGGGACUCCUCCCAAGAGCGCUGCGGCUCUGCCCUCUCAUCCAGAUCUUGCUGGGAGCUGGAGCAAAAGUGCAAUCUCUUCUCGGCUGAUCUGUUUGACAUGGGAUCUAUGCCACGCACCGUUCCUCUCCUGUGCAGUUCUUUCUCAGCUCGAGAUUCCUCUCAACCGGAGCACCAAAUCUACAAUAAUGAGGAUUAUUGUGGGCAAGUUUGGAAACAUUGCAAAAAUACCGUGAUGUCAAACUCUCCUUUCCAGACUUCCGCACCAAGAAAGGGUGGGCUUAGUGGUUCAUCCUCCAUGCUUACUGAUUUUUGGCAAUCAGAAAAAGACUUUUGUGUGUCUCUUUCUGGUAUACCAAACAGUCAGUUAGUAUGUUUUAACGGCCAUGGGGUUUCAUUUAACACUAGGAAGAACUCUUCACCAGCUCCUAAUGGGAUAUGCCUUGAGAAGAUCGGUAAUGGAACCUAUCUUAACAUGGUUGCUCACCCUGAUGGGUCUAGCAAAGCCUUCUUCUCCAGACAAGAUGGGAAAAUAUGGUUGGCCACAGUUCCUGAACAAGGAAGGGGAGAUGGCCUACAACUUGACGAGACGAUCCCAUUUCUUGAUCUCUCAACUGAAGGUCACCUCGGUUCAGACCUUGGACUCGAGGCUGUGGCAUUUCAUCCGGAUUUUAUAAACAAUGGACGCUUCUUUGUUUCAUACAUUUGUGAUGGAACUCAGUCAUCCAACUGUGCUGGUAGGUGUUCGUGUGAUCGCGAAGUUGGGUGCGACCCUUCAAAGCUCGGCUCUGAUAACGAUGUUGUCCCUUGCCGGUACCAACUACUUAUCUCAGAGUAUUCGGCAAAAGGUUCAUCAUCAAGCUUUUCCGAGGCAACAUAUGCCGAUCCAUCAGAAGUUAGAAGGGUCUUUUCAAUGGGGUUGCCAUACGUUCCUAACCAUGCGGGUCAGAUCCUUUUUGGACCUUCUGAUGGAUACCUGUACAUUUUGACAGGAAAUGGUGGAAUUAGGGGUGACCCCUUCAACUUCUCGCUGAAUGAGAAAUCUCUUUUGGGAAAAAUCUUGAGGAUUGACAUUGAUGAACUUCCAGAGAUGAAUGAAGUUGGUAACAAAAGCUUAUGGGGUAACUAUGCCAUUCCAAAGGACAAUCCCAAUACUGAUAAUAGUAACUUACGGCCAGAGAUUUGGGCCUUGGGUCUUGAAAACCCAUGGCGGUGCAGCUUUGACUCCUUGAGGCCUUUCCACUUGUACUGUGCAGACGAUGGCCAGGAACAAUACAAAGUGGUAGAUUUAAUAUCCAAGGGCGGAAACUAUGGGUGGAGUGGUGUGUAUGAGGACCAGCAUGUUCAGUAUCCACCGUGGGCAGUUCAAGGAACCAAACUAACAAAUGGCACCAUCUUCCCAAUAAUGGGCUAUAAGGUUCCUUCUACCACCAAAUCUGCAUCGAUAGUUGGUGGGUAUGUGUACCGUGGGUCUGCCGACCCUUGCUUGUAUGGAAGGUACCUAUUUGCUGAUAUGUACUCAUCGGCCAUGUGGACUGGCACGGUUAACACCGAUGUCAGUUGUAAAUAUACCUCUGCUUCCAUCCCGUUGAGCUGUUCUGAGAAGACACCGCUUCCUUGCGAAGGAUCCACCAACAGCCCUCUCGGCCGAAUAUUCUCGUUUGGUGAGGAUAACAAGCAAGAUGGCUUCAUCUUGGCGAGCCAAGGUGUCUACCGGAUUGUCCAGCCUAGCCUUUGUGGCUAUGCUUGUCUGACUGAUGCAACCUCGAAACAAGCGGCAACUUCUGUUUCCGGUGGUAAUCAAGGAUUGACAACAGUUAUGAAAGUGCUGAUUGCUGUGGCGUCAGUUCUGAUCGCAGGAGCUAGUAUCUAUUUCGCUUGGAGAUGUUUCUGCAAUAACUCAUCCAUUUGCUGCAAUGACAUAGAGACUAUUCAGGUAACCAAUAACACCACCACUCGCGGAGAUGGUCCUUCGGCGACUGCAACCAAACCAGGUGACGUUGAAUUGGCUGUGACUACUAGGCCUGCAGAGCAUCGUGCUCGCUAGUUACUUAUGGUUUUCACAUCGUGUGCUAGCUGUUGUGUUGAUUAAUGGAACCACACGUUGUAUAUGUUCCACUGGACGGUUUUCUUUGAGUUCUGUCUACACUCUUUGCAUGAAACAUCUGAAAAGUUAUGUAACCACAUUUGGAAAUUGGAAUAUGAACAACAUACAUUAGUAUUUUAACGUUUUAAGACUUUCUGCCGUGGGUAAAA